AUGACAAGGGUGGUAGGAGGCUGUCGCCGGAGUGUACUCAACAUGCGAUCCGGAACCAGGAGAGCGACGGGACAGUUAGCUGGCCUUCCGCGCGAGCUCCUCGCGCGAUCCAUGGAGCUUCUGAACAUGGUCGACCUCGGCCAGGUGUGUUGUGUGAACAAGGACUGGCGAAACGCUGCGGAAGAGGAUGCCGUCUGGAGGUUCUGGUGGGCUCGAAGGUUUCGAGAGGAUCCUCCGCCUCAGAGGGGGAGGGCUCGUGCAGGCCAUCUCAAGCAGCUUCACCGGUACCGCUUAGAGGACCCCCUCGUUGGAGACAAGGUGGAGGUCUCGUGGGAGGGCCGCUUCCGUCUCGAGUCCUUGGACGUGUUCGUUGGAAGGAGCUGGUGGGAGGCGACCGUGGUGCAGAAGAUGGACGGCUUCAAGUAUAAAAUCCACUACCCCGGUUGGGACAGCAACUGGGACGAGUGGGUCGUUCGAGACCGGCUCAGGUGGCCGGUGGACCCGUCGUACCUUUCUACCACGUUCAGGGUCCGAGAGGUGGUCGAGGUCUGGUGUACGGGCACGCAUGUCAAGGGCGCUUGGCUCCAGGCGCGAGUUCGGCAGAUCAAGCAAGACCAAGUCAGCCUCAAGAAUGUGCUCGCGUCGUCCCCGCGCACCGUCUGGGUGCCUCGGUCGAAGGUGCGCCGGGUGUGCACGGGGGCCUCGUGCGUCAACUCCUCCUCCAGGAACGGCAGCCGGCGCCGCGGCGGCGGCCGCUCCUCGAAGCUGGACGCCUCUCGGCAAGAAGCGCUGGCGAGGGCGCUGAGGGGGCUCUCGGCCGGUGCCCGCAGGCUGCCCCGUGCUGGCCUCGCGGGACUGCGCGGGGCGGUGCGCCGAAGGGCUAGCCUUAGCAGGAUGAGGCGUGGCGGCGGCGGCGGCGGCGGCGGCGGUAUUGUUUAAUGCCAGCGUUUCCGGUUCCACUGCGUGCGCCACGGGGGGGGGUUUGAAUGGCGCGGCCAGAGCGAAGCAGGGCGUGCAGCGGGGAGAGAGAGGCCAGGCUAAGCUCGGGCGAGGAUGCGGUGUAAAUCGCCACAGCGAGAGGUUUGAAUGGCGCGGCCAGAGCGAAGCAGGGGGUGCAGCGGAGAGAGAGAGAGAGAGAGAGAGAGAGAGGCCGGGCUAAGCUCGGGCGAGGGAUGCGGUGUAAUUAAUUGAUGGAAAGGACCUGCCUUUUUUUUUUGUGAACUUUGUUGUCGAACUCGUUCCUGGCGCGUCGUCAGAGAUGGAGAAUGAGUGUGGCUGGUUGCAGGUGUACAUUAGAAGAGGGAAGGGGGCUCAUUUAGUCUGUAUAAGAGGAUAUUUAUCUAACCGGCGGAGGGUCUCAGUGUUUGCCGGACAAGUUACACGGGCGCGCGACUUUGAAGAGUUGGGGCACAUAGUCGGUCGUGGGUGGUGAGCGCGUGCUUGUUUAUUUGUUUAGCUGCUGUAGAGGUGGCCUUGCAAGGGAAAGGGUGGUUUGUUGGAGAGGAGACGGGGGGUUGGGUUUUGCUAGCGAAAGUAAUUUACAACAGGGCUGGACAUGAUAAAGCUCAAUGUUCUCUAGCCAUUGAAGACAUUGUUGUGCUGGCUGCGGGAUGGAUAGAUCCGUGGUUUUCUGUUUUUUCAUCCAAGUUUUCGGCAACGGGGUUCUAAGUCCCGCAUUUCGUUUCUUUGUCUUGAGGCCGUGUAUGUACUUGGAAUCUCCGUCGCUCCGACGGUAGACCAGCCAAGUCUGUUGACAAAAACAAAAACAAAACGCAUCGCUGGCAAGUACCAUUUGUACAUCUAUCCAUAUCUACCCGAUACCGGUUCCGUUGGAGCAGAGGGGCUGACGCGCCUUGUACAUUUUCAAGGGGGCGGGAAGUCGUUCCAAGAUCGAUAUCGAUCGUUUCCUCGACAUAAAUCAGACGGAAGAGGAACAAUUUGGUUCCCGACGCGUCCGUCCAUGCAUGACGCGCAACGACGAGGGAACUCUGGUUGACUGCCGCCCGGGGGCAAGGUAGCGCCGGCGCCCCUAUUCUAUUAGAUAUAGCAUUGCCUUUUCUUUUGUAUUCUUUCAGUGCGAUAUAGGUUUGUCGGGCGGUGCAAGUGUAUGUAGAAGUGUUUUGGUUGUUCCGCUUCACGAGGUUCAGUUCAGGUCGUCUUGGAAAUGUCUAGCGAAUUGACAUUUCUCGCGAACCGCCCAGAUGAAGUAAACGCGUAUCAUAUGGGAAGAAAAGGUCGCGUUUUUGUGUUUUUGUUCAAGUGUAUUAAUGGCAUCAGUGAGAAGCCACCUCAUCAGGGGGGGGGAGCGCGUCCGUCUUGGCCGGGCCGGUGGGUGGUUGUGCUUGCAGCUUGCAGGUGUUCUUUCUUCUUCGUGAUGCCUUUUGAUCAAGCAGUUUUUCCUGGUUUGCUUAGAAAAGGAAACCGUCUUUGUUGUGUAGGUGAGUGUUGAGCCACGAAAGGUGGUGCGGCCGGCGCCUUCGAUUGAGUGGUCGCAAUUCUUCCCUGGCCAUGCGCAUGAGUUGGUCCUUGGCACAGAGCAGAGGGUAGAUUUGGACCCUUCAAAAGUUUCGAGGUUUUUGGUCUCCUUGUCGCAAGAGCGAAAGGAAGACAAAGGUUAAGUGUGGGACCCUUCGAAAAGCACGAGGUUUUUGGUCUUG